UAACAGUCAGGCUCGCAAGCGGUGCUGUGUAACUAUCCCCCCCAUAGAACCCCCAAAUGAUGGCUCUGCUGGGGAGAUCAGACUGGCAGGACCGGCACGAUGGGAGCAGUAAUGGGAACUCGAGGUUACCCCAUCAUCUGUCGUCAGUCAGCCAACACCUGUACAGUCCAGCUCCCCCUCUCUCCCACUCGGGGUCUUCUGAUUUUCAGCCCCCGUACUUCCCACCUCCGUACCAGCCUCUGUCCUACUCCCAGUCUGGAGACCCUUAUUCCCACCUGGGAGACCCCUUCUCCUUGAACACCCUCCACUCUUCUCACCCGCCUCCCAGCCAACAGCAAGCAUGGCCCGGCCGUCAGAACCAAGAUCACGGAGGGCUUUCCCACCACAACCGGGCCGGGCUGGUCCACCACAUUCCAUCUUUGGACCCUUCAUCGGGGAGGUUGAGCAGAGACUUCCAGAGGAGGCCAGACAUUCUUCUUCAGCACGGUAGCGGCCAUGGACUGGACUCCAACCUAGCCGACAACCUCGGCCUACAAGAGAUGGGCCAGCAGAUGGAGGAUGUUGCGAGUUUGGAGGAGCACGGUUUAAUAAUGCAUGAUCAGACAGUCAUCAAAAAAGGUCCGAUCUCCGUAGGCAAAAACACCCUCGGCAUGCCCUACCAGAAAGAUGGACUAAUGGGGAUGGUCAUUAACCCAAAUGAAGUCUUCUGCUCCGUGCCCGGAAGAUUGUCCCUCCUGAGCUCCACUUCAAAGUACAAAGUCACCGUGGCGGAAGUACAGCGUAGACUCUCUCCCCCGGAGUGCUUGAAUGCGUCCCUGCUUGGUGGAGUCCUCCGAAGAGCCAAAUCAAAAAACGGAGGGAGGUCGCUGCGGGAAAAGCUAGAGAAAAUCGGACUCAACUUACCAGCCGGGAGGAGGAAAGCUGCUAAUGUGACUCUUUUAACGUCUCUUGUGGAAGGAGAGGCGGUGCACCUCGCUCGUGACUUCGGCUACGUCUGUGAAACGGAAUUCCCCUCCAAAGCCGUGGCGGAGUAUCUGAGCCGACCACACGUGGAACGCAACGAUAUGGGCAAUCGGAAAAACAUGCUCCUUGCUGCUAAGCAGAUCUGCAAAGAAUUCACAGACCUUCUCACCCAGGACAGAACGCCCAUCGGCAACGCCAGACCAAGCCCCCUUCUGGAACCCGGGAUCCAAAGCUGCUUGUCGCACUUCAGCCUCAUCACGCACGGGUUCGGGAGCGCCGCCAUUUGCGCCGCCAUGACCUCUAUGCAAAACUACCUGAACGAAGCAUUAAAGGUUGUAGACAAAAUGUACAUGAGUUCUGGAGAACAAAGCCCGGGGGAGGGCAACAAAACUUUGGACAAGAUGGACAAACACCGAAAAUGAGAGACAUGACAACUUUUACAAUUAUUGC